UCUGCUGAGUGACUAGCAAAAUAUAACCAAGGGACAAAGAGCAGCAGCAGAAGUAAAUAACUUUAGAAGGGAGAGCACGGGCACAAGAUUUUUCCCGUAACAUUAUCCUAGAGCUUCUUACUUAAAUCAAAAAGACAGGUCUCUUUCCCCCACCCCUUUUCUCCUUCAGUGCAUCAGCUGAAGGAGACUUCCAGUGCUGACUCUCCUUGGUGUUUUGAGUUCCGCACACAGCACCAUGGUGCUCCUCACUGCACUGGACCUCGCUGGCAAGCGCAGGAGCACAUUCAGACCUCGCCAGGCCAUCACCAAGAAAAACCUUCGGAAGUUGAAGUGAGCCUAACCCGCAAGCCCUAGAAUCAGGUGAAAAGAAGCCAAGGAGCAGAGAGAGAAGUGGCCAGGCAAGGCUGCCAAGAAGUCAGGCUGAACUGAGAGAGAACGAGGAAAUCACCACUGGAGGUCUCGCCAAGGAGGGCGCUACCGUGGGCUUGAGGAGCUACUAUGGAAACGAGAAUGAGAACUAGGGCAGGCCUGCUGUCCUGGAGUAUCCUCUUCCUGGCUGCAGGGUCCAUUGUCUUGAUGCUGUAUGCCCUGAUGUGGGAAGCAGGGAACAUUAUCAACCUUCCCAAAAAAAUAAUCGGCUUCUACAACUUCUGCCUGUGGAACCAGACAGCUGGAGAGCUCCAGUGCCUGCAAUUCAAGGACCUGAAGGAACUGGGGAUUGGCCAGGUUGAGCUAGUGCUGGCAAGGCUCUGUGUAUACAUGGCCCAGGUCCUCUGUCUCUUCUCCCCCUUUUUUACCCUCCAGACCCAAUGUGCCAACAAGAGAGAGAGGGAGGCGUGGGAGGUGACCCUUGUGGUGCUAGGCCUCUCGGCUACAUUUCUGGCGGGCGGCCUCAGCUUGUUUCUGUUGCAGACCUGGAGUUGGAUCCAACUCUCUGAACUCAGUGGGGGUUUCAUGGCUCUUGCAGGGGCUCAGGCCCUGCAGGUGCUCCAGUUUUUUGCUGCUGCUGCAUGCCUCCAGUGGCUCCAGGGGGAUCCUGCAAAGGACAGCCCAUCCCCUGAGAAGCAGCUCCCACCCUUGAAGGUCUGAAGGCAGAGAAGGAGGGAGACACAGCGCUAGCUUGUGGCACUGAAAUUCAGUGCCGUGUAGGAUCUUACCAAUCCAGUUGUUUUAAUCAUCUGAUAGCCUAUAUAGCCUGCUCUUGUGUAUUGAUCUCCGGCUAGUCACUGCAAGAAAGAUGGGCUGUCAUGGUACAGGAAAGGCAAGCUGCAGAGGGUUCUAAGGCCUGGCUAACAGAUGUAAGGCAAAUCAGGAUUAGCUACUAGAGCCAACCCAGCAGAGAAGGGUGACUGCAUCUUUGUGGGGGUGCUGGCACAUCUGAGCUGAGGUCCAUGUUCAAAGCUAACAAUUUGGGCAUGAGCAGCUCAACUACAGUAUCAGUGCCUGGCACAAAGGAAUACCAGGAAAGAUUCCCAGAUCUUUUCUAGCUCUACUAGGCAAUUUCAGCUGCUGUGUGCAUAAUCUGUCCCGUUGUAAAGGAAGUGUUACUAGGUUUGAACUCAAAGAAGAGGCCAAACUAUGAUGGUUGGAACCCUUUCCCAGCCCAGAAGUGUGCAUUCAAGCUUGUCUGCAAAAUAUUUCAAAUGAGCCUAAAAUUAGAAGUAUUUAACAUGGCAGAAAAUGCAAUUCAAAAGGUUUGGAACCAGGUGCUGAGCCUUCCCCAUUGUGCGUAUUUAGUCUCUGCAAGUGUGGAAUGGCAGUGUCACCACCCUAUUGUUCCUGGCUAAAGAGAUGCUGGUGACAAAGUUGUCCCCGGGAGAGAAACCAUCAAUUGGCCUCUCCCCACUACGUGGUAGGCUCAGGACAGGGACUGAGCAGGGCAGAGCUGGAGCACAGAGGUGGAACGUUGGAGGACAACAUGCUUGGCUGCUGCCAUACUGACUAAUGUGUGUGACUCAAAGCAUCGUGUAUACACACUACUGCAAUAAUCUUUAUACACAA